AUGUCCCGAGCCUCCUCCAGCUCCCGACCCUUGCUGCAAUUCGAUCACCAGACACCUAACGGCUUUGCUCAUCUGCUCCAAACGGACGGCACUAAUGGGCGGAAGACCACUCGAGCUGGGCUGGCCCGGCUUAUUAGUUAUAGGGCCCGUGGCCUCAUCGACAAGACACUCAGACCCUAUUCUCUGCUUGACGGACUCGACAAAUUCUUCGGCUUGAUCACAGGCAACUCUAAAGAGCUCCCAACGCUGCUUGAAGUUUUCGAGGGCAGCAUCGGUGGCCGGAGUUUUCUGGCCGCCGGAAGUUCGCCGGAAUUAACGAACAGGGGUCGCCGGAGUUCACGCGCAGGGAUCGCCGCCGGCGUGUGCUUCUCGUCGGGACUGAACAGAGUGGCCGCCGGAAUUGCUUGCGAUCACGGAGAAGAUGAGUCGCAGGAGUUGCAGGCUUCGCCGGAAGUUGCUGAGGUCGCCUGGUUGCUGGCGCGACGGCAAGGGAGCAGCGACUGGUGGUGCUGCUCGUGGUGGUGUCCGAAAAACGAGCGAGAUGAUGAGGAUGACGAUGAUGAAAGGAGGGCGAUUGCGUGCUGA